AUGCGCUUGAGAUUCUUGUUCACAGCGAAGCGUUUAUUUAGAAACUUCUUCAGCAUGUCACCGCGUACCUUUUCCAAAGUCAUCACGAAUGUAGUCCUUGUGCUCCUUGUACGCUGUGGUCUCUCGCGCCAUGCGCUUCAGCUGCGCCAUUUCCUACUACGUGAGCGCCUUCUUGCGCUUGUCAAAGUCCUCCCGCACCACUUGUUCCCAGGGACUGUUGUAGCCAAGUCCCUCUCUGCCGAUAUUCUGGUCUUCCCGCGCAGCCUUCUUUACCUGCUCGGGGUCCAGCCCCCAAAAAAGCCACUCGUUCCACUUUUGCGCCAUCUGAAGAAUAUACUCCACAGGCUACCCCCAAAAGUAACGCUUCUCCAGGGUGCACCAGUCAUCCUGGCACUCCUUCACGCCGUGGUUGAUGCGCUUUACAAGCGUCAUGACAAUCUUGUAGUAUGUCGACUUUGGUGGGAUGUCAGAGGCGGUCAAGAACGCCUACAACUCUGCUAA